CUGAUCCUGCUGCGGCACGGCGAGUCGGAGUGGAACGCGAGCGACCGCUUCACGGGCUGGAUGGACGUCGGCCUCACGGAGCUCGGGAAGCGCGAGGCGGCGGCGGCCGGGCGGACGCUCAAGGCGACGGGCCUCGACGCCAUCGACGACCUCCACUCGUCGGCCCUCGGCCGCACGGUCGACACGCUGUCAUUGUGCGUCGAGGCCCUCGGGAAGCGUCUCCCGACGGGGGAAGCCGCGCACGGCCACGCGGGCGACGCGCCGCGGCUGACCUACUGCCGGAGCUGGCAGCUCAACGAGCGCCACUACGGGUCGCUCACGGGCAUGGCCAAGAACGACGCGCGACAAAAAUACGGCGCGAACCAGGUCCAGCGGUGGCGCCGCGCGUGGCGCGAGACGCCGCCGCGGAUGGCCCCGGACCACGCCGCCCGCCCGGGCAUCGCGGCGGCCUACGCGGCGGCCGGCGGGUCGCCGAAGGACCUCCCGUGCAGCGAGUCCCUCGCGGCUACGGAGACGCGCGUCGUCGCCUAUCUGGAGAACCGCAUCCUGCCGCAGCUCUCGCGCGGCCGCACGGUCCUCGUCGCCGCGCACAACAACGUCAUCCGCACGAUCAUCCACCACCUCGACGGGGGCGGCGAGGAGCGCGCGGACCUGGAGCUCCAGCUCGCGGCGCUCGAGAUCCCCUACGCGACGCCGCUCGUCUACACGUUC